AUAAUUAAGAUUUUAAUAUUUUAUUAAUAAGAGUAUAUAAUAUUUCACUGUUGUUUUUUCGAACAAUCAGCGAAGCGCGUCUUUUACAGAGUUCAAGAAUAGCAUCAGCAUCAACAAAAGUGCAGGGUGGGUGAGACAGCAACCACCCCUGGUUUCGAAAUUCCUAGUGCCAGUUUGGGCCACCCAGUCUCCCACUUGAUCGGUCUUGGUUUGUCUACUGGUAAGAAGCAUCUUACAUUCCUAUAGACAAAAUCCUUGGCCUACUUCAAUUGACUUCUGCAAUUGUUGCCAGAAUCUCCCAUUUCAUGUCUUCACUUCCCCCUUUUAUACGCUCUAUUAAUGGGAAAGACUACGAUUCGUUCAAAGUUUAAUUAACUUCACUAGCAGCUGCGUCUGCUGCUUCCAUCAAGAUCAAUCAUUUCUUGGAAUAAUCUCGAUUUUUGUUAUUUAUAUUCUCAUCAUGUCAUUGAAGACGGUAAUAGCAUUCUAGGAAUCAGAUGGGCAGAAGAGAGUUCUUGGUGAAAUCUGGAUUUUUGUGUUUCUUCUUAUUCAAUUUGUUCUCACUUGCGUAUUGUUCUGUAAUUUAUAACAUAACUACAACCAAGGCACUCUCGCCACAACAAACUCUCAAUUCUCCUAGUCAAAUUUUUGAGUUGGGUUUCUUUACUCCUAAUAAUAGUUCCCGUAAUCAAUAUGUGGGACUAUGGUUUAAGGAAGUUUCUCCUCAGACUGUGGUUUGGGUGGCAAACAGGGAGAAGCCAGUUGCAAACUCCUCGGCAAGUCUCACAAUUGGCAGCGAUGGGAAUCUGAGGCUUAUGGAUGGGCAGCAGAACUCUAUCUGGUCAACUAAUAUUUCUAGACAAUCGAAUGGUUCAGUUGCUGUACUUUCAGAUGACGGAAAAUUCAUUUUGAGGAGCAGUAUAACAGGAGAGGACCUAUGGGAAAGCUCUCAGCAUCCUACCGAAUCUCUCCUGCCAGGUACAUGGUUGGCCUACAAUGAGACAACUGGGAUGAGACUUACUCUCACUUCCUGGAAAAGUGACAAUGAUCCAUCUACUGGCGAUUUUACUGCUGGUGUGCCACCGCAGACGCCGCCACAAACCUUCGUUUGGAAGGGAUCGAAACCUCAUUGGAGAAGUGGGCCGUGGGACAAAACAAAGUUUAUUGGGAUACCAGAAAUGGAUGCUGAUUAUGAAAGUGGAUUCACACUUAUAGAAGGUCUUCAGCCGGGAAUUGCUUAUCUUAGUGUUAGUGUACUCAGGAAUUGCAGUUACUCGAUGUUCGAGAUUUCACCAACAGGAGUUUUAAGGUUCUUGUGUUGGGUGAAAUUGAGGGGCUGGUAUGCUAGGUGGGAGGCACCCGUCACUCCCUGUGAAGUUUAUGGAGCUUGUGGACCUUUUGGGGUUUGCCAAAGAUAUGAACCAAAUCUAACUUGUAGAUGCUUGAAAGGGUUUGUGCCAAAGUCAGAUGAGGAAUGGAGCAAAGGAAACUGGACAGGAGGGUGUAUCAGGCGAACCGAAUUAAGUUGUGGGGGAAACACAAGUUCGAUUAACGCACAAGGAGGAAAACCAGAUGGAUUUUUGAAGAUUGGUGGGUUAAAACUUCCAGAUUUGUCCGACUUCUUGAAGGUUUUUGAUGAAAACGAGUGCCACCAGCGUUGCUUGGAUAACUGUUCCUGCUCAGGUUAUGCAUAUGUAAAUGGGAUAGGGUGUUUGGUUUGGGCAGGAAACCUUCUGGAUAUGCACGUGUUACCCUUUGGUGGACAAGAUCUUAAUCUCCGUCUUGCACAUACAGAAUUGGGUGAAAGCGAUCAGAAGACUAAAGUAAAGAUCAUUAUCAGCGUCAUUGCUGUUACAAUCAUUGCCCUCUUUGGUGUCAUGAUUUAUUGUUUCAUGAAGUGGAAAGCCAAACAAAGAGCUAAAAGAAAUGCUCCAAUUGACAUUUCAAGAGAAAAUUCACAACCAAUCAUGUGGAGAAGCCCUUCAGAAGAUGAAGAGUCAGUAGAGUUGCCUUUAUUUGACUUCCAUAGCAUAUUAGUUGCAACCAACAACUUUGACAUAGAGAACAAACUUGGGCAAGGGGGCUAUGGUCCAGUUUAUAAGGGAACACUACAAGACGGGAAAAAUGUGGCGAUUAAAAGACUUUCUAGUAGCUCUGGUCAAGGCAUCGGAGAGUUCAAGAAUGAAAUGAAGUUAAUCUCCAAACUCCAACAUAGAAAUCUUGUCAGACUCUUAGGCGGCUGCAUUGAGAGACAAGAGAAGAUACUAAUUUACGAGUACAUGCCGAACAAAAGCUUGGACACUUAUCUAUUUGAUCCGGCAAGAAAGGUAGAACUUGAUUGGACUAAACGCUUCAACAUUAUAAUUGGAGUUGCUCGAGGACUGCUUUAUCUUCAUCGCGAUUCUUGUUUAAGGGUUAUACACAGAGAUUUAAAGGUCAGCAAUAUUCUUUUGGAUGAGAAGAUGAAUCCAAAAAUAUCAGAUUUUGGAUUGGCAAGAAUUUUUGAAGGCACACAAGAUCUAGGAAGCACUCACAGAGUUGUAGGAACAAUAGGUUAUAUGGCUCCAGAAUAUUUGCUUGGCGGCAUAUUUUCAGAGAAAUCUGAUGUUUUUGGCUUUGGAGUCCUAAUUUUGGAAAUUGUCAGUGGUAGGAAGGCUAACAGCUUCCAAUACAAUGAACAACAUAUAAGUCUUCUAGCUUAUGCAUGGCAAUCGUGGUCCGCAAGCAUGGGCGUACAAAUGAUAGAUGAAGCAUUGGACUCAUUUUCCUCAUCAGAAGCAAGCAGAUGUGUAAAUAUUGGACUUCUCUGUGUACAAGAUCAUGCUGCUGAUAGACCAACCAUGACAGCCAUACUUUCUAUGCUAAGCGGUGAAAAAAAGAAACUUCCUGAACCAAAACAGCCUACAUUUACGUAUGCAAACAUCUCCAGCGGUAAUUUUCAAUCACAAAGCAACUCCACAUGGUCUGUAAAUAAUGUUACGGAAUCAAUUAUUGAACCCCGAUAAACCAGCUUAUAGCGGAAACAAUUGCAUAAUCUAUUGCUUAUCCUAGUGUUAAACUUCAGUCAUAUCAACUUUUAGAUUAUUGAGUGUAUAAGCAGAUGAGAAAUGCAUAUUCAAUGACUAAGAAAAGUAAAAGAUAUGUCACCUCAUUCAGUCAUUCUCAA